AUGGACCAGUCACUUGAGAAGGAGACGCAACACCUUCAGGUGACAACAGGAAUCCGCGAGCCACGUGAGAGACUCCAAGAGCACGCAAAGAAACUUCGCACCCUACAGCGAUUAGAGCCAAGAGCCGCGAAUCUCCUUUCCGCCGCAGUUCGGAUCAUGACCACUGAGCAGACUGUUCGUGCUUUCAAGAUAUACCGUUCCUUUCUACACGAUGUCCUUCGAACGUGUGGGCAGUUUGGACAGGGACUUGUCGUGCUAUGCGCUGUUGGCCUGGGCAAACACAGAGUGGUUGCCUUGAGCGAGGAGAAGAGAAUGAUGCUUGUUCAUUGGGUCGCCAACAAUACAAACUCCUUGUAUUUCCCAGCUCUCUCUUCCAUGGCGACACAGUUCAGUGUCCCAAACUUUAAUAAGCGGAAUCCGACAUUUCCAGGAAACGGACAGUACUGCUCAUUUUCUUUCGUGAGGCGAGACAUGAUUGAAAACCUUCCUGAACCAUUUCGCACUGCGCUAAAGGCGAGCAAAUCAUGGAAAGAGGAACAGGAGAGAGGAGGACUAGCAGUUACGAAUUGCUUGUCUAUGUACAUGCCAGAGACACUCAACGAAGAUGCUUUGUUUGCUGUCAGGAUCUCUUACAAGGAUGGAUGGAACAUCUGUAACUUGUUUGGAUUGGGGGACCCAGAGUCUGGCGGUGAUGUCCCAGAAGUAUUUAAAGAUUGA